AUGUCUAACGCCCACAAACACUCAAGCUCCAUAUCUCAGAACCAGAAAGCUCAACUCGCCAACGCUUAUAAUGAACUCGGCAAAGAACUCUCUUCUAGCAAGUUAAGAGUCAUCGGUAAUUAUACACUUGGUAGGGUAAUUGGAGAAGGUGCAUACGGAACAGUGCGAAUGGGCACUCAUCGUCUCACUUCAACCCGUGUGGCUAUCAAACAAAUUCCGAAAGAAUUAUCAGCAUCCCUCACUCGUGAAAUUCACCAUCAUCGUCAACUGCACCAUCCUCACAUCACUCAAAUGUAUGAAGUAAUAGCUACGGAAAAGUCAAUAUGGAUCGUCACCGAGCUUUGUUCCGGUGGAGAGCUUUUUGAUUAUCUUGCAGAAAAAGGCCGUCUCACCGAGGACGAAACUCGCUUCUUGUUUGGGCAACUUUGUCUGGCUGUUGCUUAUCUUCACGAGAAGGGAAUCGUCCAUCGCGAUCUCAAGUUGGAGAAUGUCCUGUUGGAUGAACGUUGUCGGGUCAAACUCGGAGAUUUUGGAUUCACCAGAGAAUAUGAACGUGGCACAUUGAUGGAAACAUUUUGCGGGACUACAGGGUACGCCGCUCCAGAAAUGUUGCAAUGUGAACGAUAUCUGGGUCCUGAGGUGGAUGUCUGGUCAUUGGGUGUUAUCUUGUACUGUCUGUUGACGGGGAUGUUGCCAUUUGACGACGAUGACGAAGCGGUCAUGCGGGAGAAGGUCAUAGGAGGCGAAUUCGAAGACCCAGUCUGGCUUUCAAAUGAUGUGCGUGACCUAAUCAAGGGGAUCCUCGUGAAAAGCCCGUCGAGGAGACUAUCCAUCUCCCAAAUUCUAGCACAUCCUUGGUUCAGCGCACGGAAGGCAGCAAACAUCAUCGAUAGACCCCCACGCAAGUCAUCGCUACCUACAUCACCCCAUGACCGUGGAUCAUCCCCUUCAAAUGUUUCUAAUCCAUCUGCGGCAAGCUCAGAGCUAUCUUCCCUUGAAUCCAGUAGAUUGGGUUCUUCCGCCCCAACUACCCCCGCCAUGUCUUCCAAUGAUCCAUUUGAAAUCCCAGAUAAACCCGGCAUGGAAGCUGCGCCCACUAUGCACCCGAACCCCAGCGAAACGACCCUUCGAAAAGAGCCCAGAGGCCUCGACAAUAAAUUACCGACAACCGAAUUGAACAAAAUCAUCCGUUCAGAAAUAGCCGAAGAGGAAGAGACGGGAGAGACAGAAGACGAUGCUAGCGCUUUAUCGCUCCGUCGCCGCCGCACGAAUUCUUCAGACUCUCGAAGCCUAGCACCGCCUGUACACACCCUCCGCACUCCCGCACGUACGAAACGCCGCUCAGUGUCAUCGACUAUGUCAGACCCCGACCCCGAUUAUGACUCUCCGCCAAUUCUUCCAGGAGACCUUACCAAAUCUACCACCCCCGUUAUCAAUAGUAAUGCCCAUAAUAGCAAAAUCGCUCACUCUAAUCUUCCGGCGUCCAAUCAACGUGACAGGGACAUGGAUUUUGUGUCUCUACUCAACACCCCUUCCCCCAUCAUAUUUUCGACCCCUUUAGAGAGGGAGUUAUUGAAUAUCAUGAACGCACUGGGUUUCGACUUGGGACAGAUCGUUUACUCAGUUCUCAAUAAUGCUUGUGAUUCUUCUGGUGCGGUAUGGUGGAUGUUAAAGAGGAAGACUGAGAAGAAGAUGCUGAGUGGGGAGGAUGUCCUUUCUAAGGGAGAAAGGAAGGCCGAUGCGUUCAUUCAAAAGUCUCCCCCUUCUCCUUCUAUCCUCGAGACAUCACAUGAUGGUAAGACAAAGGGGAAGGAGAAAGAUACGCACCCUCACCAUCAUAAACACCGACAUCACAAGAAAUAUACUCAGAAUGCGGCCGUUCAAGCGGACCUCCCGAUCACUCCAACUUUGCCACCUCCCCCACCUGUUCCUGAAAAAUCGUUUUCUUCCACUCCUGCACCAUUGAAUUUCCAGAAGGAUGGAAGUGCCGCUCCGUCAUUAGCUGUCGUUCCUGCGACGCCUACUUUCCCCCCUCCUCGAGCAACCACGCCUCCAACGAAUCAAGCCGGCUCUCCCAUGCUCACACCAUCGUCAUCAGCAGCGGUGUUGAGUAGUGAUUCAUCCGCCGCCCGUUCGCAUCCCAGCACCCCGACUGCGACCGGCAGUGGAUUUACGGCAACAGGCGUCGGCGGCAAAGGCAGGAAGAACAGGUCAGGAAGUGUAAGCAUCAUGCAACGAGCUACAACUGCGCUCGAAGCUGCAGGUUUGGUUAGGAAGAAAUCGAGCGAGGCGGUUAAGGAGGAAAAGGAGAAAGAAAGGGAGAGGUCCAAAGAAAUUGAUCGCGAGCGAGAGCGCAAGGCCGGUGGGGAUGAUUUACCACCCCCGCCACGUUCUUCUCAUGGAAGUUCUUCCUCUGGUGGACAUAAACUCACCAAAUCUCCUCCUUUGAGGGCGUCUAGAGGGCCUUCGACUCCUCCACCCCUCAUAGACCCUCAACCUCCCGUCAUGGGGUCACCGUGGGUCUUGGCUGAAUCCAGCGAGUCGUUGGGCGGCCAUAGUACACAAUCGCAAACACAGCCUCAACCACACUACGUAAAGCGGACAGCUCUUACGCCCUCCAAUUCACCUGCUAUUGAAAGCAGCGGUGAUAUUUUCACUUCUGUUUCUCAGCCCAAUCUCACCGAAGGUUCCGGCGAUGGUGGCAAGGGUUCGACCGGCUCUAACUCGGGUAGAAAUCGCGCCAAUCUGUUGUCUACCUUUAGAUUAUGGUUCCAGGAGGAUCGGAAAGGAAAGAGAAAGGAGGGCAAUCACAUACCUUCCCUGUCGUUUGGAAAGGCAUCCCGGGUCAGUGGCAACAAUGUGAACCGAACGACCGGGAAUGGGUCCGAGAACGUUGCUCCACCAAAUAGGCGAAUGAGUGGCUCAAGGUCUUCUGGAGGUAUUCGUGGCGGCAGAAGACGGCACCGACCGUCGAUUUCGUCGAGAAGAUCUAGUAGUGUUAAUUCGCGACGAUCUUCAGUCGCAUCAGCGCAAAUGGUAGUUCUUACGGACUCGCCGCAAGUACCUAGGAGGUCGAUGGGAAGUUAUACGCCUAAUUCUGAGAGAGGAGAAUACUCGUCAAGGCCGUCAAGUAUCAGGAGCUUGUCCAUGCAGCCUAGGCAUCGGAAGAGCCCGUCCGCGAGCUCUACAGGAUCUCUCUCGCGGUCGCAAUCACUCAAUCGGGCAGCGUCACCAAUCAGGUAUCAUAGGCGGGGGGGCUCAGGCUCUUCGACAAGAGUGGUUAGGCAAGGUCCGAAGGCGAUACAGCACGGUCGAUCCAACUCCACUACGUCUUCGGUACAUCACUCACCGGCAUCCUCAAGACCUACUUCGUUCAUUGAGAAUUCGGACUAUGAGGGCCAGCGGACAGCAUCUCCGUAUAAAUCGAGAAGGUCCUCGGACGAAAUGAGCACACCUAGAAAACACAACAGAGAUGCGACAAGCACGUUUGUUGCUCACAAGCGUGGAGCACCUUUCUCAAGUCCGUUGACUGGGUACAGCUCGCUUGGGAAAUCGAGCUGGAAGAAGUCCUGGGGAUUGGAGCCACCGGGAUGGCAAACACGGACAGCACAUCUACCGGUGGAGGUGUUGGCGGUAUCGCCUGUGGAGGGAAGCUCGAUCAGAGAUGUGUUUUCGGGGAGGCAGAGCUUGAAUUUGGGGGAUGAGAGUGAUUGGGUUGAUGAGGAUGAUGACAUUCCUUACGCAGGCGGCUUAGGGCAGUUGAAUCUGACACUGUCAGCUUCAUCGACGAAGAAUAGCAAGGUGUCGAAGCCGCUCGAGUCUAUACCAAUCAUCAAUCCACCUGUUAGCAGGCGAACUGGAAGUGGUGGAGGAAGCAAGCGGUCAGAAACGAAGAAAAGCGGACACAGCCCGGUUGAACGUAUUUCGCAGGGAGCCACAGAACCUUAUGAACUAGAAACAAGGGGAGGAAGAAGGCAGCUUCCGGCGGGACGUUCGGGCCCUGCAUUCAAGCAUCCUAUUCAGGAGGAAGACGAAGAUGAAGAGGAAGAAUAA